AUGUCUACUAAACCGAUCUUCGUGGCAACGCACCCUCGUGCUUGCUCUACGGCCUUUGAGCGAGUCUUCAUGACUCAACGCUCCACCAUCCAGUGUAUACAUGAGCCAUUCGGUGACGCCUUCUACUAUGGUCCAGAGCGUCUCUCCGACCGUUUUGAAGACGACGAACAAGCUCGCGUGGAGAGCGGCUUCAGCGAGUCAACAUAUCUCACCGUGUUGGAGAGAAUUGAACGAGAAGCAUCCGAGGGCAAGAGAGUCUUCAUCAAGGACAUCGACCACUACCUCCUCCCACCAAAUGACCUACCCGCCAGCGUAGCCCCGUCCCUACACCGUAUCAAGCGCGGCGUCGGCACCAACGGCACCAACGGCGAGGUCCAAGCCAACGGCGUGAACGGCGAUGUCAACGGACACGCCCACGCCAACGGCCACGCCGCGACCAACGGUGUCACACCCGACACCAACGGCGCGGUGAACGGCAGCACCAACGGCGUCACAAACGGCACCAAUGGCACUGUCAACGGGCACACCAACGGACAUACCAACGGCCACACCAACGGCCACGUCCGACCGUACCCGUACAACACGCCCGCAGAAACCGGCAACCCAACCGUCAUGCCUCGAGCCCUGCAAGAGCGCUUCCACUGGGCAUUUCUAAUCCGCGACCCGCACUUCAGCGUGCCCUCGUAUUUCCGCUGCACGAUCCCGCCGCUGGACAAAGUGACGGGGUUCUAUAACUACUCGCCGCUGGAAGCCGGGUACGACGAGCUGCGGCGGCACUUCGAUUAUCUUCGGCGGGAGGGUCUUGUCGGGCCACGCGUGGCGACGAGGUCUGAUCUUAGCGUUGAGGAUGAGUCGAAGGCUAAGCAGACGAUUGAUGAGAUCUGUGUCGUUGAUGCGGAUGAUAUGCUCGAUGCACCGGCUGCGACUAUCGAGGCGUUUUGCAACAGUGUUGGGUUGCCUUAUACGCCUGAGAUGCUGAUUUGGGAUACCCCCGAGGAUUAUAAGGUUGCUUGUGAUGCUUUUGAGAAGUGGCGUGGUUUUCACAAUGAUGCUAUUGAGUCGAGUAGUCUGGUUGCGAGAACUCAUAAACAUGCUCGGAAGACGGAGGAGCAGUUCGAUGAGGAGUGGUGUAAGAAGUAUGGGCCUGAAGCGGCGGCCAUGAUCCGCCAGACGGUUGAUGCCAACAUGGAGGAUUAUCUGUAUAUGAAGCAGUUCGCCGUCAAGGUCUAA